UUAGGCAACUCCUAAAGUGCGUGAGCAGCGACCAGUCAACGGUUCAACCGGUCAAGAGUUCAAUGAAAAUGAAAAGGAGUCCCAAUAUGAUUAGAAGAUAGAAGGUAUGAGGAUAAUAUUAUAUAGAUAGAGAGACAGGCAGACAGACAGACAGACAGACCGACGGGCGCGUCAGUGCGUUUCUGGAAAGAACAGUAAAGGAAUGUGCUCCACUGGCUUUUUCUAUUUCAGCACCAUGGACAGCUCUGUAACCACUGUUUUACGGCAUCGUCCACACCGUUCUAUCCUCUUUCCCCGUGUUGUCACUUCAGUGUUGUGUGACAUCACUUAAGAUAAUGCGCACCCGAGAGAACAGGCUCUCCACAACUGGUUGAAAGCCCACGGCUGAAGCAAAGUUUGCAAUUACGCACUUGGUGGAGUUCCCACCAAGGAUCCCCCCGAACCGAUAAAAGCUUCCUCACGCGCGUUUCCUAUCGCAGUGCGUAAUGCAGCGCGCUACAGAUUCGUGAUGGUGUAUGCGCCCAGAGCGGGUUAGUGUGCUGGGCUGUAGGGACUCACCCAUAGCGCGCUCCAGAUACCUUCGAGGGAGAAAAUCUACAUAGGCAGCCAGGUUACGACUGCAGCUGACGAGGAUGCACCAUGCACUCGCUAAUGCGCGCUGCGCUCCAGCCCCUCGGUGCACUUGUCCCGGUUUUAAGGCGCACACUUGUCUUUUCCCGUCUGUUGUGCGCUCCACAUAAAGCGGGCGGUGGAACUAGUCAAUGGGGACAAAACGGUGAGUGGCUGACAACUGCGUCCGUCCACGCGCAAGGAGCGAUGGACUGCAGGUUUACUUGAAGAGGCGCAUGGAUUACCCAGCUAAGUACCUCUCAUCGGUGCAGGGGAUUGCGUCUGCACCCGCACCCCUUGGAGAGAUUAUGUGGAACAGCACCGAAUCGGAAGCAACAAGCAGCGGGAGGAAGGACAUGGUGCUGCGUACAGUGACGGGCUGCCUGCUGUCCCUGCUCAUCCUGUGGACCCUGCUGGGGAACAUCCUAGUUUGCUCCGCUGUGCUACGCUUUCGACACCUGCGGACCAAAGUCACCAACAUUUUUAUAGUCUCUCUGGCUCUGUCGGACUUAUUCGUCGCCGUGCUGGUGAUGCCCUGGAAAGCUGUGGCCGAGGUGGCAGGCUAUUGGCCAUUUGGCACUUUCUGUAACGUCUGGGUCGCUUUUGACAUUAUGUGCUCCACCGCCUCCAUCCUCAACCUCUGUAUCAUCAGCGUGGACAGAUACUGGGCCAUCUCUAGUCCCUUCCGCUAUGAGAGGAAAAUGACCCAGCGCGUUGCCUUUGUUAUGAUCAGCAUCACUUGGACGUUGUCUGUGCUCAUUUCAUUCAUACCGGUGCAGCUGAACUGGCACAAAGCCAGCGGUGACGGCGUAACCGGGACGCACAACUCCUCCACGAGUAGACAGGUGGAGGAAAACUGCGACUCCAGCCUGAGCCGAGAGUACGCGAUCUCCUCCUCUUUGAUAAGUUUCUACAUCCCAGUAGCAAUUAUGAUUGUGACUUACACGCGGAUAUACCGGAUCGCACAGAUACAAAUCAGAAGAAUUGCCUCGUUGGAGCGAGCGGCAGAACACGCGCAAAGUUGCAGGAGCAAUAGAAUCGAGUGCCAACACCACAACACGCUGAAGACGUCCAUCAAACGGGAGACUAAGGUGUUCAAGACGCUGUCGGUGAUCAUGGGCGUCUUCGUGUGUUGCUGGUUACCUUUCUUCGUGCUCAACUGCAUGGUUCCGUUCUGCGAGCGGCCGACCGCAGACCGGGACGCGGGACUGCCGUGCGUCAGCGAGACCACCUUCGACGUCUUCGUGUGGUUCGGCUGGACCAACUCCUCGCUGAACCCCGUCAUUUACGCCUUUAACGCGGAGUUCCGGAAGGCCUUCGCCAGCCUCUUGGGCUGCCGCUACUUCUGCUCGGACACGCCGGUGGAAACGGUGAACAUCAGCAACGAGCUGGUGUCGUACAACCAGGACACGCUCAUCCACAAGGAAAUCGCGAACGCUUACGUCAACAUGAUCCCCAACGUGGUUGAAUGUAUCGAGCACGAAGAGACCUUUGACAGGAUUUCGCAGUUCUCCCACCACAACGAGAACGCCACCGACUCAGUGUGUGACCUGGAGGACUGCGAGGCGGACAUCAGCCUGGACAGGAUGUCACCAUUCACACCCAACGGAUUACACUAAUUCCACCUUUGUGUCUCCCUGUGCGUAAUUGGAUGUAAUCACAAACAAUGUCAUCGUUUGCUCUGCUCCCAUCACCAGGGAGCCCCGGGGUCGGGACUUACUGAGAUACUGAGCUCUGAGUCACUGGUGAGGGAUGUGCUGACUCAGCGUCCAGCUCUUCCUGACUCUGCUUUGCAUCAUGUACGAGAUGUGGUGUUGUCCCAUACUAGAAAAACAAAGUGUCGUGUAGGUGUUUAUUUACAUGACAAGUGAAGUCUGUGUCUAUUUGUUCAAAGGUUCCGUGUUAGUGAAGUCGUUGUGUGCUGGAAGGCAUCACUCUCAACAUGUGUCUUUCAUGUCCAUUCAGUUGGAAGGUCCAAAAAGACUCACUGAGGAUUCUCGAAUGAGACCCUUUGCUGCUUAAUAACCUCAUUUGUACCCAGUUCCCGCAUCUCCGCUGAGUAUGAGAACUGAGGGCAGCCUUACGGACAGCGCAACCGAGGCAGUUUUACUCAAAUGCAGUCAUUUCAGCGCCUUAUAGCUUAAUCUGAGGAGGGUUCGAGCCAGGACGGGAAUGCGUCGUAUGGAGUGAAAGGUUCAAGAUGCCAAAAUGCAGUAUUAAACCGCGGACCCCCGUCAGCGCACCGCGUGCAGUGGGCUCCCGGACGGAGCGAGACGUGAGUAAAGGAUUGUGACUAGCCCCAGUAGAGCUAGCGUCCGAGGCCAAAGGUUAGGACAGACUCACGGGUGUCCAUGACCAAAGACCUCCCGGUGUGAACCAAUAGGUGCGUCAUAAUAAGGCUACAGCGUUGUGCCGUCUAAAGGAAGCGGUUAACGCUACUGGAUGUCAUACGUCACCUCUCCCACACCUCUCUGAUCUUUGUACUGUACAGAUGACCUGAUCUGAAUGUAAACUACUGUCCUCUAAACAGUGAAGUGUGUCAUCAUUUGUCUAAUAAAAUGCCGUCAUGCCGCGGGGAACCCGGUGCUCUGGUGUUUUCCUGAAGGCCCCGUUUUCUUUUCAAGCAUUCCGCACUCAUACGCUCGGCCCCUUUCACUUCGGAGCUGCUCUCUUAAAAGAUUCAUUUGUUUGUUAUUCGCCUUUCUGGGGGCAGUUUGACAGAGGAGAGCGACGUGAGAGUGAGGCGUGACGCGCUCGGGUGCGGAUGCGGCUCGCUCUGCAGUCCGACUCGUCUUCCACAGGUUCAGACGGAUGACUUACAGUAUAUCCUCUGGCAGCAGCAGACGUUUUUCAAUCGCGGCGAUGCGAGUGCCACAGCAGACACAUGCGAGUGGGGGAUCAGAUGAAGAAUCCACACUCCGAGAAGAAAAAUCAGGCGGCUCAUCUCCGACGCUGUUAUCAUUAAUGUCAUGUCUGCGUAACAUAAGGAAGGCAUUUAUCACCAUGAGAGGUUUAUUUACAGCAAGCUGGACGUUCUUUGUCUCUUUUGAACUGACUUCAUGCUGUGUUCACUGCCACACACACAUAGUGGGAGAAGAGAUACUCAUUUCAUUAAUCAUUUAAGAGAAAGCACUUUAUUAUUUUUAUAUAUUACAUUUCACAUAUUCCAGAUGCAUCACUGCAUAAUUAACAUUUUACUGUAGUAUGUGGUCAGAGUGGAGUCAUUUGCUUUAUUACUGCUCAUUUCCUCAGUGGUUUGUAAUUCACCAUCAUGAGCUUUUAAUGGAAUAUCUCUGUUUCUCAAAUAAAUGUAGUAGAAUAAAAUCAUAAUGUUUGAAUGAAUUCCAGAGGAGUCAAUGCAGCACUAGUACCAUUUAGUACCUCACAAUAUGUGAAUGUUUUAUGUUGCUGAGUUAUAAUUAUUAAGCAUUAACACCUCCUCUCUAUGUGACAUAUUUGAGACAUGUCUGCAGCAUUUUAGCCCCCAACGUCUCCCCUCUGUCCCACAGAAGCUGGUUAGGAAUCUAUAUCCAUAAAUCUGCAUUAUUCACAAGCUCAGGUGCUGAUUGGACGGCGGGGCGGCCUCACCUCGAGGCAAUCUGAAUAACACCUAAUGCAAAUUCCCUCACGCCACAUCUCACCUGGAGCGGCGGCCGUGGCUGAGCCCGAUUUAGCCUCUGCGAAGCUCAACGUGUGCGACUGAUGCCAGUCAUUCAGCUCCUGAAGUCGAGGAACCCACUGGUACGCCAGCCAGCACGGCGUCACAGCGUCGUCCAGAUCGGUGGGGUCAUGUCUAACUCGCUUAGCUUUGACAGAAUGAUAUCACCUGAAGUCCAUGUGAUGCUGAGGCUGAAGUCUAGAUAUUUAAAGGAGUUGAAGAGACGGAAAAGGUUUUCAAAUAUAUCAGGUAUGUAAUGUAAACAUGAGCAUUUAUUACCCAGUGGCAUAUUUUACAAUUGUGUUAUUGUAUUGUAUUAAUUGUACUUUAAUGUAUUAAAAUACAAUAAGAUUUAG